UGCCCACUGCCGCCGGGCGCCCGCGCGCGCGCGCGGUCGCGCCGCGCGCCCGCGCGCAGCGCCGCGCUCAUGGCGGCCGAGGAUAUGGAUGCUGUGGCGGAGGAAGUGGAUUUCCUGACGGAGAAGGACUUGUACAAGAUCUUGGGGGUGCCGAAGGGCGCAAGGCCAGAUGAUAUCAAGAAGGCGUACAGGAAGCUGUCCCUGAAGCACCACCCUGACAAGAACCAGGGCGACCCAGACGCGAAGGAGAAGUUCCAGAGGAUCGCGGAGGCGUUCGCCGUGCUGUCGGACAGCAAGAAAAGGCUGACAUACGACAAGUCCGGCGACAUGGACUUGGAGGACUUUGACAUGGACCAGUUCAUGAACAUGUGGGUCGGCGAGAUGAUGGAGGAUGGCGGCGUCGUCGACGACAUGAUGAGGGAGGUGCUGCCGUGGACCGACGACGACGACAAGAUGAGGCAGUUCGUGGAAGAGAAGACGCAGAGCAAGGGAAAGAAGAUCGUUUGCCUGCUGUGCGACCACUCCGCUUCCAGCAGCCGCCUCAUUCUCGCGCAUUUCGAGCAGAAACACAAGUGGGACUGCGAGGACUGGGCCAACGAGACCGUCAAGGGCAUGAAGGCUUCGUUCGAGUCUUUCAUGAAACAGAUGCGAUCGAUUGAGAUUGGACCUGGCCUGAUUGAGAUCGGACCUGUGCAAUGA